AUGUCAAUAAUUAAAGCUCCUUAAUCUCCUUAAAUACUUAAUUAACUAAAAGAUCAAUAAAACAAUAAUAAUCGUAUUAAAAUCACAUAAUCAGUUAAAGUUGAAAAGUCAAGAAACUCAAUAAUUGAAGAUUAAGAUGAAUAAGUCACUGUGAUUAAAUAAAAAACUUAUUAAGGAGAUUUUUCAUAAUUUGAUAAUUCAUUGUAAUAAAAAGCAUCUCCUAAUGAAACUAAAAUAUUAAUAAAUAAUAACGAUUAAUCUAAUUCAUUAUAGAUAAGAAACAAUACUGAUGAUGCUAUGAUAACUGAUUAAUAAAAUAGUUGCUGUUUUUGUGGUGAAAGAUAUAAUUUAUUUCCUAUUUGCUAAUGUUCUUCAGCUCAUCAGAAAUGUGCUAAUGAUUUUCUAGAAUAAGGACCAUAUUUAGAACAAAUCUAAUGCAAAAACUGUAAUCAAUUUAGGCAUGUUGAUGGUGUUAUUAAUUUCGAUUGUAGUUAAUGGAAAAAAAAUAAGUCCUCUUUGAUAUUUGAAAUCUUAUUUUUACUUUUUAUCUUAGCCAUUUUUGGAUUACUAACAUACUUUUCAUUUUUUGAAUUGUAUUAAAAGAUUGCUAGAGAUAGAUUAUUAAUUUCAUGUUUAGUAUUUUCAUAUACUAUAUGGUUUAUACUAUUGAUAUGUUUGAUAUCCAAGAUUUUCACUCACUUUAAAAAAGUAAAGUUACUAAUUAAAAGAUUCGAUCCAAAAAAUGUGUAAUAUAAUAAGAAUUAUGUAAAUUUAGUGAUGAGAAUGUGA